AUGGAACAAGAGAAUGUGAGAAAUAGGGUGGUGGAAGAACGAGAGGCAUUGGUAGCAUGCAGUGAUCAAAGCAUGAGAAUUGGAGUGACUAUAUGGGACAUGAAAACAGGAGAAAAGAUGUUUCACAUUCCAACAUGUUCUUCACCACCUUUUGGUUUGUUGUGUUUAAGAAACCAGUUCAUUGUUGCAUCACAGUUCAACAAACAUGGAUCUAUGGGUGGUGGAUCCAUUGUUGUAUGGCCCUUGAACAAGCCUCAACAACCGAUUAUGAAUAACACAGUGGAAGCCAUUGGACCACUUUCUUGCACAAAAGAUGGCAUAUACCUUGUGGGAGGUGGUUUAUCUGGAAAUGCUUAUAUCUGGAAUGUGAUUAAUGGAAAAUUGUUGAAGACUUGGACAGCUCAUUACAAAUCUGUGAAACACAUAAUAUUUUCAAAUGAUGAUUCUCUUCUUGUUUCUGGUUCAGCUGAUGGUAUGUUGUGUGUUUGGUCCAUGAUAAGUUUGUUAGAUGUGGAAGAAUCAGCAAGCAGGAAUCCUUUAUUACAUCAUUUGCCAGGGCAUAUGGCAUCAAUAACAGGCCUUUUGGCUAUACCUUGUAAUUGUUAUUCAUUUAUAAUAUCAAGUGCUCUUGAUGGAACAUGCAAGGUUUGGGACUUUAUCACUGGAAUGCUUGUGCAAACUCAAGGCUAUCCUUUGGCAAUAACUUGCAUUACCCUUCAUGAAGGUGAAAGUCUUUUGUUUUGUGGUACAGAAAAUGGAACAAUAUUUGUCAACAAACUUGAUAUUGGUUUGGAAGAAGGUUUUAAUUCAAUUAUUAGAGGAGAUCAAUCACCUGAACUCAAAGGACACAGUGGAGCCAUUAUUGCAAUGACAUCUAGUAGGACAUGCCUAAUAUCUUCUUCUGAAGACUGCACAAUAUGCAUAUGGGAUGCCAUCAACUGGACAAUCACUCGAAGAUUCAAUCUUGAAAAAGGGAAAGUAACUAAUCUUGUGGUAAUACUUCAAUCUUGGAUUCUCUCCACAUCAAAUCAUACAAGAGGCUCCAAUCAAUACACUGUUUCUCAAUUGGGCAAGUCUCCUCUACAAAUCAAUGGACACAAUGAAACUACCUCUCUUGUUUCUUUGUGUCGCAUCUUCAAAGAAAAACAAACUCACAUUGAUUUAAGAAGCACUGGUUUAUUGAGACAAAGCAUUUCUGGUCCACAGAAAACACAUGUGUCUAUGGCCAUGACCAUGCAAAUGAAAGUGGACAGAAAUAUUGAGAAUCGUUCAUGGGCAACAAAGAUGGCAAAACAUGCUAUGGCGAUAAACAGACAGAUGAAGUCACGGCUGUUGGACUUGAUACAUCGUAGAUUGUUUUGUACAAACAAAAUAAACUUUCAAAAAUCAGGAAUGAUAAGUAGGAAGCAAAGGAAAGGGAUCAAGAAGUCGUUAAAAAUGGAGUAA